AUGGACCCGAAUUCCCAAAAACAAGUGAUUUCAAGCAUUCAGCCUAUUAGUACAGCCGAUCUUUUCCAAAGAGAAAAAACUGUAUUUUUGGCACCAAAACAAUGAUGGGUUUCAUGGUGUAACUAUGUUGGCUUUUUCCAAGAUCCCAAAGGGCUAGAUCCUGGCCCUAUCAAUAAUGAGAUCUUAUUAGAAAAUUCUGAUCUAAAAUCCGAUCUAAACAGUAGUGCUGUUAUUUUCCUCAAAAAAGAAGCAUGGACUUCUCUUUAUUCCUGGUAUCUUGGAGGUCCAGAAAUCGAAAUUUUUAUUAUUGAAGGCAGACCAGAUCUGCACCCUAUUAAAAUCUAUAUCUGUCCUCUAUAUGACUACAUAUCAGUUGAAUCUGCUUUAUUUUCUCCCUUUUAUCUGUCAUUAUCCCUCACAAUCCAAGAUCUAAAAUCACAUUUACAGAAAAAACAUUCAAUCACAGGAAAAUUCCAUCUAAAAGUUUAUGAAAGCAAUGGAUCCAUCCGUUCACUUGAAGGCUAUGAAGAUUUCAGCAUAAGAGAAGUUAACAUCAAGAAAGGUACUAAAAUCUGUAUAGAAAAAAACGACGAAGUUUGCCUCAUGGAAGCUGAGGACGAAGAGCUUAAAAAAGUCAUGGAGAUCUCAAUGCAAGACUUUCACCACAGUUCUGAGAAAGACCAUACAAAUUCAACAGGUAUGGGUUUAAAAAGGAAAAAAAGGUGUGUCAGCUCACUGGGUUGAAGGCAACGUUAAUGAGUUUGAGAUGGAUUUUAUUGAUGUCGCAAGAGAUAGUCCAUCAGGACCUGAAAUAGAGUUGAUUAGAGAAAGAAUUAGAGAAGCUCUUCAAGGGAAAAAAGUGAAGCUAGAAAUCCAUUCAAUUGCAAAGAUAAAAAAGCAGCUGAAUAGGAUUUUAGAAGAAUAUCAAAGUUUUAUAAAAAGCUGCUAA